AUGAGUUCUCAUUCGAAAACAACUCGUAACACAACAAAACUAAAACAACGAUCCAAAACAAGCAACAACAUCCGCAAAUUCAGGUCAAGGUUUGCGGCCAACAUUGGCGCCAUCAGCAGAACGUAUAUUCUUUAUAAAAAUGUGCAAUCUCAACAGCUUGAUGACGUCAAGGAGGAAUUUCUGCACGCGGCAGAGUUCGGCGACAUCCCGACGGUCCGUCGUCUGCUCAUAGAGAAUGCCGAGCUCAAUGUGGACUGUAUCGACGCUCUGGGCCGCACGGCACUCCGGCUGGCAGUCAAGAAUGAACAUCUAGAGGUUGUGGAAGUCCUGCUUGAGAAAUCAAGCAGCCGACACAUCUAUGAAGCGGUGCUGCAGGCGAUCAGCGCAGGUCACGUGCAGAUAGCGGAAAGCAUUCUCAAACACAAGCGAUACCUCGAGAUCUGGAAAGACAGGAAAAAGUUUGGCGACGAUGACCACUUCUUCAAGACCCAGUUCGAAGAGUCGCAGUUCUCUCCAGACAUCACGCCGCUCAUCCUGUCGGCACAGAAGAACCAAUACGAGAUUGUCCAGCUGCUGCUGCUGCGGGGGGAACGCAUCCAGAAACCGCACAAGUUCGGGUGUCUCUGUCAGGAGUGUGUGAACAAGAGCAAAUUUGAUCAGCUGCGUUCGGCUAAGUACCGUCUCAACGCGUACCGGGGUAUGGCGAGUGACGCGUACAUCUCGCUGUCUAGCAAGGAUCCGAUACUGACCGCAUUUCAGCUGUCCAAGGAGCUGACUAACCUCUCCAAACAGGAGAAAUACUUCAAGCAAGAGUACAAGGAGCUGUCCAAUCAGCUGAGCGAGUACGUCGUAAAGCUGUUGGACAGGGUGCGCACGCAGGACGAGCUUGAGCUCGUGCUCAACAAGACCGGAAAGGCGAGCGAGGAGCGCUACAGUAACCUUGCCCGACUCAAACUCGCUGUCCAGUAUCGAGAGAAACGGUUCGUGUCUCAUCCGAGCUGCCAACAGCGCCUUGACAAGAGCUGGUUUGAGGGUAUAGCGCCGUUCUUGAAGGCUGGCUUUUUCAAGAGAAUCAUCAUGAUUUUUUGCAUUCCUCUUAGUAUUCCGUUCCUAAACAUCGUCCACAUCAUCAUCCCAAACACGAAACUGAAGGCGCUAAAGUUACUUCGGUUCCCGUGGGUGAAAUUCACUAUGCACACCGCCUCGUUCAUUGCUUUCCUGCUCAUGAUCAUCAUCCAUACUGCGGACUCUACAUACACGUUCCAGCAAACUACACGCUUGGCAAAACUACACGCUUGGUACGUACACACGUUCAAGCAAAACUACACGCUUGGUACGUACACGUUCAAGAAAAACUACACGCUUGGUACGUACACGUUCAAGAAAAACUACACGCUUGGUCGACUGUAUCCUGCGGUGUUCAGGAAAUACGAGACCGCGCGCAACCUCUCGACCGAGUUCGACUUUGGAGCGGACCUUCCGGUGCGCCUCAUGAUCCCCAGUCCCCUUCAGAUGCUGAUAUCAAUCUGGAUAUGUGGUUUCUGGUACCACGAGUGCGUACAGAUCUAUCACGAAGGGGUGAGCUCCUACUGUGCCUCCCUCUACAACCUGAUGGACUACACCAUGCUCGUGGUAUACGUCACCUCGUUCGCGCUCAAAUAUCUCGUCAUGUUUAAGGUGCACUUCGCGAUCGCCUAUCUACAGAGAACAGAUGUUAAUCGAAUCGUGGCUGACUCGAGCACCACUCAGUACAACCUCUACUGGAUCGUGGCCGACCGGUUCUACUGGAGCACCUGGGACCCCGUCAAUCUGUCGGAGGGCCUCUUCGCGGUCGCCAAUGUGCUCAGUUUCUCGCGCAUCUCCUACUUCCUGCCGGUCAACGCCGCGCUGGGGCCGCUACAGAUAUCUGUCGGCAGGAUGAUUAAGGACAUCGUGAAAUGCCUGUGUCUGAUCGGCAUGGUGGGGCUGGCAUUCAUCGUUGGCCUCCUCAACAUCUUCUGGUACUACAACCUCCGCUCCGAGAUCGAGGUCGAGAAGCGAGACUUCAAAGUGCCCGCUGAGGAGGCGUUCGGAGACCCGGUAAAAACGUUCCGGUCGGUGUUCUGGUCAGUGUUCGGUCGCGGCGAAACCAACGUAGUGACGCUUGGCAAGUACGACAACCCCCUCACUGAGAACUUCGGCUACGUCCUGUACGGUGUCUACAACUUCAUCAUGGUCACUGUGCUCAUUAACAUGCUCAUCGCCAUGAUGGCCCGCUCUUUUCAGGCUAUUGCGGAAGAAUCGGACGUUGAAUGGAAGUUUGCAAGGAGCAUCCUGUACCUUGAGUACAUGGGCGACGGGGAGGUACUUCCUGUACCUCUGAACCUUGUGCGGGCGCCACGGGCGAUGUUUGAGUGGUUGUUCGACUGUUGCGACAAAGAGGAGGACACCAUCGAGCCGCCCCCUGUCGAGCUGGAUCCCUAUGGAAACGAGCUAAAUGGGGACAUAUCCGGGCUCGCCUCCAACGGGGUCGAGGAUUUCAGUAGCGUAUCCCAAGUGGCCAGUCACGUCAUUCGCAACACAAACACCAAUGGCCUCGUCUCAGCCGAUCCGUCUGCCGUUGAAAUGUACGAGGCGAACGUGACGCCAACAGACGCCAACGGCAAGAAGGCACCGCCAAGACGUACCCAGAAGGCACACGUGCAGAGAAACAGCAUUCCUGGAUUCAUGGACAACAGUAAUGGUUACCAGCGUGUGAUGCAGCGGAUAAUACAGCGCUAUAUCUUCGACAUACAGAGAGAGGCGGAAGUCACUGAAGACGACUUUGAGGAGAUUAAGCAGGACAUUUCCAGCUUCCGGUACGAGAUGCUGAACGUGCUUAAGAGCCGGGAACAACAGCUUGUUGAGCUGAACAGGUCCCUGUCGCAGUUCAAACGAAGCAUGUCCACGGGAACCAUGAGUGAUGCUUCUGACAAUGAAGACCGCAUGGACUUCCGACGAGCUGCAAUGUCAAAGCUUAGACAGCGUUUUAUAUAUGCCGAAGAAAACAUGGAGUCAAGAGACAGUUAUAAAAAUUCCUUGGCAGAAAACACCGAAAGUGAAAACGAGUUGAAAGAAGACGUGGUGAAACCAGAACCGUUUAUGCCGUACGAUACUAAUGUGCCAGUCAAAGUAAACUCGAAUGACCCGACUGCCAACGGAAAUGUUAGAAAGGAUCGCAGUAAAGACAGAUAUACAGGUGUGAAAGACAAGAAAGUAACACAUUCUUUUGAUAAUGAUGCGUUUGAAAUUGAACAAAAUGAGACGAUUUAAAAAUCGUUUACAAAAAUGUGUUAGAACGUUUUUAGAGCACAACAUCAUGUGCUAUUUCUUUUAAACGGAUCGUCGUUAUUGCUUGAAUAAUUGGCUUUGUGGGCCAGCGUCUGCUUCGAAUCUGUGACUAAGUUUGCGACUUGUUUGUGGAGACGUGUGAUCUUGAUAUGUCCGUCGAAUGGAUUGUAUGUGCAAGGUACUCUAUUAUAGUCCACGUGCAAGAACUGCGGUUUAAUGGGAUUCUGUUCUAAUUAAUGCUGCGGUUAACUGCUUGCACAUAUGUUUACGCGUUUGGUGUACGGCGCGUCUUGUGGUUAGUCUUUUUGCAACGCAAAUAGGCUUUUGUAAUACCGUAUUUCAAAAUCACAGGGAAACGGUUGUCCUUUUCCAAGCCUUCCCUGAUCUUGGACAGACGAAAUAGAUAUUUAAUAUAGUAUUUCGUAAAUCUUACAUUUUUUCAUUUAGAAACUUUUUUCUAACAUUUUCUUCAAGGAAGAUUGUUUACACCUUUUUUAGAGAAUUUUUCUAAAACCGUUUUACGUGAAAAAAACGUUCUUAAAAACUAAAACAAAUUUCGUUCGUAAAACAAUAAUGUUAAUGGCAAAAGCGAGUUAGUUUUAGAAAAUUACCAUCUACAAGGCAAACUAAAAAGAAUUAUGUUUCUUGAAAACAAAGUGAGACAAUUAUAUUACUGCUUGAUGCGAGGUAGGGGACUUUUAAUUAAUAGUCUUUGCAAUAGUCUUGUUCUUCAUAAAUAAAUCUUUUUGAUAGCCUAUCGGCGCUCUCGUUUGUGUAUUAGGCCAUGUUUGGUUUGUGCAUGAAGCGUCGUAUAAUGCGUGCAGUUCGAAGUAUUGAGUAAUCUGUUCUUGUAAUAUUUUAAUGUUUUAUGCAUUUUGAAAGGCGCAUGUGUUUGUGCUAUUUGUUUUAAGAUACAUGUACAUUGACAUAAUUGGACUACUGUAGCGAGUAAAAUGUUAGUAUGGGUGUCAAUAUUCUAGUACAGAGAUUGAACUACAUUUUGUACAAGAUACGUCAAUGUCGACCAAAGUAUGUUUUUAUAAAAUAAAUAUAAAUCUCAUUAUCAUUCCGAACUGACAUGUUUCAAAUCAUAAAACAGUUGUGUUUCCCCUAUAACCUAAAUGAUCUCCGGGUUAUGCUUCAACAGCAAAAACUAGGCAAAUUAAUGUACACGAAGUUGUUGUUUUUCGUUCAUAAAUCAUCAGUUAAGUUUUCAAUAUAUUUGUUAUGUUUGUGGCAGGUAGUAUUUUCUUUUUGUCCGUGACACUACUUACGUUGUUCCUAACCAAAGUUGAUGAGCAUUACACGCGAAUUGAAUAACUCGGCUGGUCCGUGUUGGUAUUCUUGAAACGUGGCAUAAGAAACAAUUAUUUGUGUCCGUUUGACAAGUAUCUAUUAUAUUUAAGACGUUUGUUACAUGCAGUCUUAUGUCAGUUCGUAUCAUUAUUUGAUAUUCCGUUUUAUUGGUUUUUAAUACUGAUGCCGAAAGUAAUAAAGCGGUUGACCUGUCCGUUCGUACUUCUGUCCAUCCGUCCGUCUGUAACCACUAAUGACACGUUUCCUAUAACAUAAAUGAUGCGUCGUGCAAAGCGUUGAUAUUUUCAUCAAUGUUAUCUAUCGACACUCUCUCAACACACCCACAUCAUCUGAGCCAAUGUUGACCUUGAACUUGGCCUCUUUUAGGACUAAGACCAAUUUAGAAAGUCCAAACCUGGUUUACCCAAAAUGACGCAUUUUGUGUAACAUCUAUACCUUGCUACAACGCCUUGAUAUUAGUGUAACAUCUAUACCGUUUGCUACAACGCCUUGAUAUUAGUGUAACAUCUAUACAUUGCUGCAACGCCUUGAUAUUAGUGUAACAUCUAUACCAUGCUGCAACGCCUUGAUAUUAGUGUAACAUCUAUACUGCUUGCUACAACGCCUUGAUAUUAGUGUAACAUCUAUACCAUGUUACAACGCCUUGAUAUUUGCAUAGAUAUUAGCUAUUAAUACUCUUAACACACUAAAAUCUCCUCACUUCGUUUGACCUUGAUAUGAACAUUCUUUUUGACUUCGACUUAUCUAGAUGUCAGGAAUUAACACACAGUCGUCCGUUCCAUUAAUUUCACCACUACUUACUAAAAAGCUCUCUUACCUUUAUACGAGACCCAGCGAACUCGCAUCCCCGACCUCUUUUUCACCUUGACAUUGACCUAAUUCAGACUAAAACUUAUUUAAAUGGAUCGAUGAUUUGAUUCUGACACGGCUUCCAUUGGGAGUUUAACGUUUAUUGAUUGCACCAUCUUGUUCAUUAUUAAUAUCGGAUGUCAACAUAAAGAUACCAACCGUUAGCUUUUUUUAAAUAUUUUUUUUAAGUAUGACUAUGUUAUUGAUAUGGGUUACUUGAUUGAUUAUCAGUGUUUAAAAUUGUUUGAUCGACUUGUAUUGUAAUUAUUGUUAGUCACACUAUUUUCUAACAUACUUUCUGUGUUGCAUGCAUUUACACGUAUCAUAGUUGUGGAAUUCAGGGUACAAGGUAUGUUUGAUAUAAUUGACGAUAUCAGAUUCUCGUCAAAUAGUAGGAAAACGUUAUGAUGUACUUUGUCUAUCAAUGUCG